CUUAAGCACGAAGCAAUCUUCAUCUCUCUCUAUCUCUCUUCCUCGAUGGCGAGCAACAGUAAUUUAGUGAGUGUUCUAGGGCUACUUUUGGUACUGACACUGAUCCACAACCCGGUCACUGUCGCCGGACAAAGAAACUCGGGUGCCGCCUUGUUCACGUUCGGUGACUCCAACUUCGACGCUGGGAACAAACAGACUCUCACCAAAACUAACGUUGCACAAAGUUUCUGGCCGUACGGAAAAUCUCGAGAUGAUCCCAACGGAAAAUUCUCCGACGGUUUCAUCGCUCCAGACUUCUUAGCAAAAUUCAUGGGGAUUCCGAUCGAGAUCCCACCAGCACUUGUACCGAACGUCAAUGUCUCACGUGGAGCUAGUUUUGCCGUCGCUGAUGCUACUCUUCUUGGAGCUCCGGUGGAAUCUUUGACUUUGAAUCAACAAGUGAGGAAAUUCAAUCAAAUGAAAGCAAACUGGAAUGAUGACUUCAUCAAGAAGUCCGCGUUUUUGAUAUACAUUGGUGCAAAUGAUUACUUGAAUUUCUCCAAGAACAACCCUAACGCCGAUGCAUCUGCCCAACAAGCUUUUGUAACUUCCGUGACCAACAAGUUAAAGAACGAUAUCAGCUUGCUGUAUUCAUCAGGAGCUAGUAAGUUCGUGAUCCAAACCCUAGCACCAUUGGGUUGCUUACCAAUCGUCAGACAAGAAUACAACACCGGGAUGGAAAAAUGCCAUGAACCUCUCAACGAUUUGGCUAAACAACAUAAUGAGAAAAUCGGACCGAUGUUGAACGAAAUGGCUAGAACCACUCCUGGUUUCCAGUUCACCGUCUUCGAUUUCUAUGAUGCCAUUAUUCGUAGGACGCAGAAACCCUCAAGCUACCGGUUUUUCAUGACGAACUCAUCUUGCUGCGGAAUUGGGACACACGAUGCUUAUGGAUGCGGUCUACCUAACGUGCAUGUGAGGCUAUGCGAGUACCAACGAUCUUACUUAUUCUUUGAUGGGCGUCACAAUACCGAGAAGGCACAAGAGAUGUUUGCUCAUCUUCUUAUUGGAGCCGACAAAAAUGUGAUCCAGCCAAUGAACGUCCGUGAGCUCGUAGUUUACCCAGUCGAUGAACCUAUGACUGAGGUUUGGGUGCCUACAACGUCAGCCACUGUCCAGGCCAGGGAGUCUAGGUCAUCUAGCCAUGGUUACGAGUCCUACUGAGUCAGUGCAAAUCAAAAUCUUGUGGUCAAUCUGGUUUUCACAAGGGUCACGAGUCAUAUAAUGAUGUUUUAGUUUGCGA